CUAACUUUAGCUGAAGUAGAUGUAGAAGCUCAGGGUCGUCGAGCCGCCGGCGUUUUGGUGACAAUUGCUUGCUAGACACUAGUAAGUUAGUACCUUUUCUGGCCACAUGGUAGAGCACUAAAUUAAGCGCUGUCGUGCUACGCAAAACCGUUUUCAGUAAACUUGGGAUGAGGAGUCCGGAUGUCAUGUUUAAAAGGCUGUGGUUGACAGCUCUAACGCUAUUGAUGGUAGUUUCCACCAUGAUAAUUCAGAUUCGGGACACUGAGUGUCCUGCAAAUAGCCAGUUCUAUGUCUGUUCUCUCAAUAAUUUCAAUGGUUGUUGCUCAACAGACCCUUGCAGUUCCGUGGAAGGUUGCCCAGAAAGUUCCCGAUCUUCAAGCACUAGCCUAGCUCUCCCAAGCACCACGACUCUAUCGGCCAUUAGCACUUGGAUCGAGCCCAUUUCCACUAAAACUGCCACUACGGCGCCCGCAACCUCAAUGCCGCACAGCGCAACAGCGACAACUCCGGCAGCUUCAGACACAUCUCCUGAACCUCCGGCAACUUCUCUCCUUAGUUUGAUUAUAGCUGUUGGAGCACUAGCAAUCCUUGUUUUAGCCUUGCUUGGAUGGAUUUUCCGCAAGAGACUUAUACAACUGAUACACUUCCGGCAGCGGACGAAGACGGCGAAGACCCAGGGUCCAUUUUCGAUUGGAGUUUUUGAAAUGGAAGGGGCAGUGAUUCGACAACCUAAAGUGGGGGUCACUGUAUUAAAGGAGGAACUCCCUUGAAGGAUGCUGGGGAAGCUGCUCUGAUUCGGAGUCCAGACACAGAUGAACGCUGCGAUAACGCGGUUUUCACUCUCGUGCGCCGGUGAGAGAAAUCAUUAGGAAUUGCAGGCUGUGCUUACGUUUCAUGCAUCCACCUAUGUCAAAACAUCGUAAUCACCAACCGAAGUGUCAGGAAGAGGUGGACUCACGGCCUGAGUUAGGUUUUCUUGCUGUAUAAAUAGACCUGAGCAGAAAUUCCGAAUCUAGAUGAUCUGAGG